UUCUCUUUCUCCAAACGAACAAGUUAGCAACGUACUUUCUUUCUACUGCACUGUAAAUAGAGCGAAAGACAAACGACCAAGAAAAAGAACAAAAGAUUAUGCCCAAAGAGCAAACGGCCAGGACAAAGACCAGCAAGCUCAAUGAGCACUGCCCAUGAAGGCCCGUCUCCAGCUGACAUUGUUUCUACUUCAAGCCGACAACGCCAGACUAAAAAGGAUGAGGCCAUUCGCAAAAAGAUCGAACAAGAACUUUCCAAAAAACGAGGAGGGUCUACACGCAUUCGUCAGACGAAAAAGAUUGCAGGCACAGUGUCGGCCUUGAGACCGGCUCAGGCACUGACUGUUCGAGAAAACAUUCUUGUUAUGGAGGCUGCACAGUUGAUGGCUGCUAAGCGUAGCGACUGCGUUUUGGUUAUUGAUGACGACGAACAUUUGAGUGGUAUCUUUACGGCAAAGGAUUUGGCUUAUCGCGUUGUUGCUACUCACAUGGAUGCCAGGUCCACCACAGUCUCGGACAUCAUGACCCGUGGCCCAAUGUGUGUAACUGCCGAUACGUCAGCUCAAGAUGCGUUGAACCUGAUGGUCUCUCGUGGAUUCCGCCAUUUGCCGGUAUGCAAUGAAGAGGGCGAUAUCUUUGGACUGUUGGAUAUUACAAAGUGUCUCUAUGAAGCACUUAGCAAGAUGGAACGUGCAUAUGGGUCAUCGCGCAAACUAUAUGAUGCAUUAGAAGGCGUUGAACGCGAAUGGGCCAACAGCCCAGUGCAAUUUGUUCAGUAUAUGGACGCCUUGCGAGAAAAGAUGUCGUGCCCUGAUCUGACCACCGUGCUGGACGAAGAAGCUGGCCCGGUCCAGGUUGCGGUCAAAGCCAAUGUUCGUGACGUUGCAAAGCUCAUGAAAGAACAUCAUACGACUGCAGUUCUCGUGAUGGAUCACGGUGGUUUGGCGGGUAUUUUUACGUCUAAAGAUAUUGUUUUGCGUGUGAUUGCUGCUGGGUUGGCUCCGGAGACUUGCUCCGUUGUUAGAGUCAUGACACCUCACCCUGAUACUGCGCUUCCAACAACGAGCAUUCUUGAUGCAUUGAAGAAGAUGCAUGAUGGUCACUAUUUGAAUUUGCCCGUUGUGGAUGAUGAAAAGGCAAUUAUGGGUCUAGUCGACGUACUUCGCCUUACCUACGCUACUUUAGAUCAGAUAAAUAGCAUUGAAGGAAACGCAGGCGAUGGAGGCAAGUUUUGGAACAGCAUGAUGGCGGGCGACCACACAGAGACCGAGUCUGCUAUUUCAGACUCUCUGUCACAAGCUGCAAACUCGCACAUGUUCCAAUCCCCCUCGAGUCCUCAUCCUGACCGUACGCUGACACCUACCAGCCACCAUGGACCUCCGGGCCACACCACGACUGCUUAUUCCGGCGUUGGAUACCCCGAACUUACACCUGGCGACAGUGCCUCUGUAGCCAAUGGUGACGAUGUACGCUCGACUGUUUCGUCGCAUACCCAAGGCACGUUUUCGUUUAAAUUCAACUAUGGGACCAAGACCCAUCGCUUCCGCUGUGAGUACAACAACUAUGCAGCGCUGCGCGACAUUGUCCGUCAAAAGAUCAUGGCCGAGCAUCUUUCGCUGUCGCAAACGUAUGUCAAAGUAUCUGAAGGCGGCACAGCAGCAGACGAGGGAGAUUGUGAUGGAGCAGCAACAGCAGCAGAGAAAAAUCGACGUGACGAUGAUGAUGAUGACAGCUGGCUCAACAUUGCAUACCUCGAUGACGAGGACGAUCAGGUAUUGAUGACGUCUGACUCUGACAUGCAAGAUGCGGUUCAGUUGGCGCGCAAAUUGGGACACGAUCGUGUACGUUUGUUUGUGCAUGAUGCACUUGCGCCGCAGCAAAACCAACAGCAGCAGCAACAGCAACAGCAACAGCAGCAGGCGCCGCCACAACAACAACAACCGGAAGAUUCUGUGGAAAUUCCUACGCCUCCAGGACAGCCUACAAUUUCGGUGGCAGUACCUCCCAUGGAAGAGAAGAGCGGAUCGUCCGAAUUUGAAGAAGACAGUGGCUCACGACGACACCAGCGCAGUCGUGCUUCGAGACGCUAUUCGGUAAGCGCUAGCGAGACUGACAGCGGCAGCAGCAGCAGCAGCAGUAGUAGUACAGAUGAGAGUGGCGACGAUGAGGCGCACCACGGUAGUGGAGGACGCAGCAGCAGCAGCCGUCGGCAACAGCGGCGCCACCACCACCAGCACCGCCACCACCACCGAAAGGCCAAGAAGGACGCAGCAUCGGAGUUAAAUUUACCUAUUCCGCAGGAGAUGCUGCUUCCUGCGGCGAUCACCUUUCUCGGCGUGGUGAUCCUUGGUGUCUUUACGAUUACUAAACUCACUGGAUCCUCAGAUCACCGUUAUUAGAAAUUCCUUUAUUUUUUCCCCUUCCCCCCCAAAAAAAAAAAACCUUAAAACUUUUUUUCAAAAGAUGAUGAUGCUGAAACCAUUUACCCUACUAUAUCCUUACUAAUUGAAAGAAGUAUACUAGACCCAAGUGGGGAGGAGAGACUCGGGGCUUUUUUUAUUCUAUCUGUCCUUUGCCUUUGUUUCUCAUCACUUACUAUCACUCUAUAUCUUCCGUCAUUCCUUCUCUGUUUCCCUGAUGUAAAACAUUUGGAUUUUCCUCUCUUUUAUGUUUCUAUAUUAUUACCAUUUUCUUUUUUAUUAUAAAGCACAACAACAUCAACAACAGCAGCAGCAGCACUCGAAA